GCUGUUUGGCUAACAUAGAAUGUCCGCAAAACAACGACAUGUACGUUUACUUCGAUGCCGAGGAAGAAAUAACGGAUGUCACAACAACUGUCCAAAUGUCCAUUGGCGCUAAUGAAGCACCCUGCAAGGCACCAAAUUUCUGUUGGCAACUUGUCAGCCGCCGACAGUACGCUAUUAUACGUGGCAAACUGAAUGGGGAAAACGCAGCCGCCAUCUUCUACCCCGUGGACAGGCGCAGGGAACCCGUCGCUCUCGUGUACAAAAAGAUGGCUGGCGUAGGCGGCGAUCCAAUACUGCCGUCAAAUGUCAAAGUACUUGAUGCAAUCUAUGUUAGCCCUGACCAAAAAAUCGAUCAACGACUGAUUUUUGACUCGGAGAUUCGGAGCGUUUUCAUCGUCGGUUCAAUUGACCUUAAACCAUCCCCGGACGUCCAGCUUCUGCUUGUUACUGCAUGGAGUAAGUCAAAACGAACUUCUCUGUUUACAAGUAUAACACCCAGAAUGAUAACGUCAGACUCGUGCUAA